CUUUCUGGCCUUCUCCCACCGCGCAGGCGCAGAGAGUGAACCAAGAUGGCUGCCCCCGUGGAUCUGGAGUUGAAGAAGGCUUUCACAGAACUUCAAGCCAAAGUUAUUGACACUCAACAGAAGGUGAAGCUUGCAGAUAUACAGAUUGAACAGCUAAACAGAACGAAAAAGCAUGCACAUCUUACAGAUACAGAGAUUAUGACUUUGGUAGAUGAGACUAACAUGUAUGAAGGUGUAGGAAGAAUGUUUAUUCUUCAGUCCAAGGAGGUAAUUCACAAUCAGCUGUUAGAGAAACAGAAAAUAGCAGAAGAAAAAAUUAAAGAAUUGGAACAGAAAAAAUCCUACCUGGAGCGGAGCGUGAAGGAAGCUGAGGACAACAUCCGGGAGAUGCUGAUGGCACGAAGGGCCCAGUAGGAAGCCUUAGGGGAAGCUCUUCCUCCUGACCCCUCCCAUUCCUGGCAAGAGUAGAGGGGCCUGUGUGGGGAAACAGCCUCUACUCUGCCCAGAUGGACGAUUUAUCUGGAUGGUCUGGUAACCCUAUGUUUUGUACAUCACCCUUAGCCCCUUGAAGAUCCCAACCUUGUACUUUUUAUCCUGGCUCUGCCUGCCACCUCUGCCCAGGACACUCUCUCCCCUGAGGGUGGGUCUUGAACUCCCAGGAGAGGGAAGAUGGGAGCCAGGACAGAGAGAGGGGCUCUGCCCGAGCCUACUACUAGUCAAAGCUGGUCAGACGAAUAAAAGGCACCUAUCCCACUCUGCUAAGUCUGCUUUUCUUGAGCUAAUGGAUGAGAACAGAGAGGCAGAGGCUGUCUCUACCUCAGCUCCUCCUUGUGCCUCUCCAGGGCUGUGGCCCUGCUCCUUCUGCAUUGAAGCCUUCCCUUUUUCUCCCUUUCUGUUCUUCUGAGUGAACCCCUCAACUUCUGAGCCUCCAUGUAGUAUGCAGAUAAGAAGAAAGAAGACCAGGGCAUAGCUGCAUUUAAGUGAACAGAGCAGUGGUUCCUCAGUGGCAGUCUGCUUAAACAUUCCUUUCCCACUUCCUCCCCAACAUUCUAGAAGAAAAUUCAGUAAUAAACUAGCAGCACCUCCAAGACUCUCUCCCUUUGGCCAGUGUCAUACAGUGGACACUACAAUCCUGAGGCCUCCUAGUGGCUCAGGGGCAGUGGUGUGCUGGAGCUGGCUUGUACUGGCUCAGGAAAGCCAAUUAUCCAAUUUUCAGGAAUUUUGUUGCAAGCCAGUUGUUACACAGCCAUUAUUAAAAAUUAUGUAAAUUUACAAUUACGUUAAAAGUGAGGCUAAUAAAUAUUCAAAACUUA